AUGGCGAAAAAGUGCUAUGAUGUACUGUUCAAAUUACUGUUGAUCGGGGAUUCUGGUGUCGGGAAAACCUGUCUGCUCAUUCGUUAUGUUGAAGACUCUUUCACGUCAACCUUUAUCUCAACUAUAGGGAUCGAUUUCAAGAUUAAAACUAUCGAGUUAGAGGGAAAGAGAAUAAAGCUUCAGAUAUGGGACACAGCGGGUCAGGAACGCUUUCAGACGAUCACUGCAUCUUAUUACCGUGGGGCAAUGGGAAUCAUGCUAAUAUAUGAUAUUACUAGUCGCAAAACAUUUGAUAAUAUACAACGGUGGAUGGGAAAUAUUCAGUCUCUGGCAUCAGAGGACGUUGAAAAGUUGGUGGUUGCCAACAAGUGUGAUGUAAGUGAUCGUCGUGUGGUGUUGUAUGAAGAGGGUUCGCAAAAGGCAGAGGAACACGGGAUAAAGUUUCUUGAGACCAGUGCCAAGACUGGAGAGAAUGUCAGCAAAGCAUUCGAGGAGUUAACUCUUGCCAUCCUUCGUAAAACAUCCGCGCGUGGACAUGAAGCAUCAACAGUUACCCAGGGUCACCGGUUAGUCGACUCCUCAGAUUCAACGUCUGUGACAUGUUGUAACUUAACAUAG